CCUUUUGGUUUUUACAUUUUUCUUUACUUAUAUAAUAAAUUAAAUAUUAGGUUAAAUAUUUAAAAAAAACUGUAAGAUUUUCAACUGUAGAUGUUUACAGAUGAUAAUGAUUUCAAGUUUUUGUAUAUUAUUCUACUAUAAAUGAUAAUUUUCUUUGAACAAUUGUAGUACCAAACAUACAUGUUAAAAAAUAUAAUGAUUAUUUAAAAAUAUUUAUUCUUUGUGAAAACGUGUGAUUCCCCUAGUAGUCAAAUGCUAACUACAGAUGGAUACAAAUAUUGGGGUUCUCAAGAAUGCUGUCAUAGAGGUGGUGGUCGAGAAUGUUACACCAGAUAUGAUUGUAGUGUCAUAUACUGCCACAAAUGGGUCUGUUUACCAAGGCAUACUGUUGAACAAUGUCAAAAGACGAUUUCCAUGUGGAAGUGUUCCUUUGAUGAAUCAUGCACUAUCACCCAGAAAUUUAAAGACUGAAUCUGAUAAUGAUGUAUUAUACGCUGUAAGUCAACGUUUCACCUAUUUUCAAAACACCCCAAAUACAUUUAAAAAAAUUCCCAGUAAAACUAAAAAAGUCAGAAAACCUAUGACCGUUCGUCUAAGACCACGCCAGGUUCUAUGUUCAAAAUGUAAAUCAAUUUGUACAGAAAAUUCAGACAAUGUUGAAAAUUCCAAAGACCUUAUUAAAAAUGGAAAUAGUUCAAUUCAAGAAAAUAACGGACAAAAAAGAUUAUUACGAAGUCAUGGCCCUGUUCCUGAUUUUCCUUCAAAGCCUUCAGAAACUGUAUCUGAAGUAAAAUCAAUGUGCCGUACACUUUUACCGAAACUUGUUAAACUUAAAUCUAGAGACAUAACAGAGGCACUUAAUAACUUUACAACAUUCACUGAGCUAGAUGAAUGGGUAGAUAACAAAAAAGACUGUGAAGAUAACUGUGAUAUUGAAGAUAAUGAUGAUGAAAAAAUGGUGUUAAGAAAAAAACCAAGUAUUGGGUCAAUGGAAGACCUAUGGGAUGAAAGUGCAUUUGAGGAAACUAAAAAAACACCAAUUAUUAAAAUUACAUUUGGAUCUCAAGGUGAAGGUACAGUUAUGGAAAUACCAUCCCGUCAAGCUGAUGGAGAGAGUGAACCAGAUAGACUAUUACGUAAAAGAGCUAAACGUAGAAGACAAGAUGGAGAAAAAAGAAAAAAACAUAAAAAGAGACAUAAAGAACAUGAGGGUGAUCUAAAUAUGGAUAAUUUUUCAGUGAAUUUAAAUCAUUAUAAUUCUACAGAAGAUUAUCAUGUAACAAAAGAAACGAAUAGUUCUAAAUCCAUUAAUAAUCUAAAUGGUGAACACUCUGAUGAUGAUAUUGAAUCAAACAGUUCACCAGAGCUUGUAAUGGUGCCUCAAACAGAAUCAUCUGAUUCUAAUUCCUAUUUUGUGUUGAAAACUGGUAAAAUUCUACACGAAGGUGAUGUUGUUUGGGGAAAAGUAAAAGGAUUCCCUUGGUGGCCAGCAAAGGUAUCAAAUUUCACUACUAGUAAUGGGGAAGAACAUGGUUCAUUUGUUAAUGUCACUUGGUUUGGUUCUUCUACUUCAUCAUUUCUUAAUUGUGAUCAGAUUAAUCCAUUUUUAGAUUUUUAUAAGUCUCGAUUUAACAAACAUAAGAAAACAAGUAGUUAUAAAGAAGCAAUCAAGCAAGCAAUGGCUGAAGCUAAACAACAACAAAAUACAAUCAACCAUAAUACCAGUUGAUAACUGUGUACUAAAUACUAAUAGUUUUAUAAUACAUUAUUAUCAGACAUUGAAUCAAAAAUGUUUGAUGAAAUUGUUACAAGGAUAAAUAUAUAGAAAAAAUUGUACAGGCAGUAGUUAUACCAAAGAGUGAACAAUAUUAAAAUAAAUCAAAGUUGUCAUCUCAGUUACCAUUUAUUGUACACUUUACAUUAUUCCCGUAAUGAUAUUGGUGAAUGUUUAUAUGUAGAAUUUUUAUUUGUCAUAACUAUUUUAAUUUA